GCCUCCGGUCUGCAGACAUACCUUACUCAUUGAUUCAACCUCAGCGUAUUUUCAUACGCUUUUUAGUUCAUACAGUUUGAGCAAGGAUAUGGGAUCUUGCGCCGACAAAAUUACAUUAAUGAGUUCCUAAAAUCCAGUCGUUUAAUAACAGUCCGAGUCAUCAACGAAUAUUGGAGCUGAACAUCUACACGGGUUGGAGCAGCAGUAUGAUGCAGACAGGAGUGUGUCUGAGACAGGACACUGAGACAACACUACCAGAGCUCACUGAACAGCACAGGAUCAGACUGAAAGAAGAGGAACUCGGUGGACUGGUCCACAUGGCAGAGUCAGAGACGUGUGCUGCAGCAGGACUCAACACACUGGAGCCAGAGUGUGUGACAGCACACAGCGGGGUCAGUGACGUACACCAUACACACACAUCACUGAUUAAAACGGAAACUGAUCUGGGCUCCCCCCACACUGGGGAUCUUAGUACAAAAAGCCUAGACAGCACAGAGCUGGGAUAUAUAACCCAUCUGCAUCCUGACCAAAUCAAAGUGGAGGAUGAUGAUGAAGGAUACCUUCAGGCAGAACACAUCAGCGAUUUGCAGGAUAUUAAAUGUGUUAUUAUUGGAUCUGAUGAAAUGAAGUGGGAAUCCAGUGAGAGUUCAGUGAGUGAUCUCAUGAUGAAUGGAGCUGCAGGAGAUCACAGUGACCAGACUGGUCAAACCCAUACAGCGGAGAAGCCAUACAAAUGUACACACUGUGAGAAGUGUUUUAAUGUCAAAUCUGGUUUAAAUAGACAUCUGAAAAUCCAUACAACUGAGAAGCCCUACAAAUGUACUCAGUGUGAAAAGUGCUUUUCCAGAAAAUCUUAUUUGCAUAGCCACCAGAGGAUAAUGCAUACAGAUGAAAAGCCCUUCAAGUGUACUCUGUGUGAAAAGUGCUUUUCUACAAUAUCUCAUUUAAACACACACCAGAGAAUUCAUACAGGCGAAAAGCCAUACAAAUGUACUGUGUGUGGAAUGUGCUUUUCUACAAUAUCUCAUUUAAAUACACACCAGAGAAUCCAUACAGGUGAAAAGCCAUACAAAUGUACAAACUGUGAGAAGUGUUUUAAUACCAAAUCUGGUUUAAAUAGACAUGUGAGAAUCCAUACAGGGGAAAAGUCCUUUGAAUGCACUCAGUGCGGGAAGUGCUUUUCCACUGUAUCUUAUUUAAAUAGCCACCUGAUAAUUCAUACCGGCAAAAAACCUUUCAAAUGUUAUCAGUGUGGGCUGUGCUUUUCCAGAAAAUCAAAUUUGUAUAGCCACCAGAUAACUCAUACAGAUGAAAAGCCAUACAAAUGUACAUGGUGUGAGAAGUGGUUUAAUUCCAAAUCUGGUUUAAAUAAACAUCAGAGAAUUCAUACAGGUGAAAAGCCCUACACAUGUUCUGAGUGUGGGAAGUGCUUUUCCAGAAUAUCUAACUUAAAUAGCCACCUGAUAAUUCAUACAGGUGAGAAGCCCUACACAUGUACUCAGUGUGGGAAGUGCUUUUCCAGAAUAUCUAAUUUAAAUAGCCACCGGAUGAUGCAUACAGGAGAAAAGCCCUUCACCUGUAUUUAUUGUGGGAAGUGCUUUCCCAAUAUAUCAAAUUUAAAUCGUCACAAGAUGAUUCAUACUGCUUAUUGAUGCAAAAUAUUCUUUCUAUUCAAAAAAUUUGUCCAGGUGAAUGGCAAACUGGGAUGUGUUUUUAUAGAAAAGCAAAUUGAACUUGCUAUCUGGAAAUUCCUACAUGUAUGGAAAAUCACCAGGGUGGAAUUAAUACAGGUGAAGAGCCACGCAAGUGUCCACAGAAUUUCAAUUGCUGCCAAAUUUCAUUCAGUUGAAAAACCGUACCUACCUCAGUGUGGGAAGUGUUUCAUAGGUAAAUCAUUUAUGCAGCCACCAAAUAAUACAUGCAGGUGAAAAGCUUUUCAUAUAGAUUUUGUUUGAAUUAAGAAUCUGUUUUAAAUGACUCCCACGUUCAUAUGGGCAAAAAACAUGACAAAUUAUUUUAUGUAAAGUAUUUUAUGGAAGCAUACUUCAUGAGAUGUGCAUUGUGUGAAGUGUUUCCAGUGUUCAUCCAAUUGAAUCCAAUUCAACAACACCGGAUGAAUUGUACCAAAAUCCUUCAUGAUGAUUUCAGAAAUCAGCUGAAAACUAAUGUUGUGCAGUCCAUAAGUAUUUGUACAGUGAUCCAAUUCUAAAGGGCUGUAAUUCCCACGAGGUCCUCUCCGUAUGGAUGCAAAUACCCUCAAAGUGAAGUUCAGACUGGCAGACUUUAAUGUGAGCAUAUGGCAUCCAUAUACAAAUGAACAAUGUUUGAACUGCUGAUCUGCUUAAUCUGCAUCAGUGGUGGAAGAUGGACAGGUGUUUAAGUUUGUCUUGGAGAAUGGUUUAAAAUACUCCUGUGAUUUAAUGUGACACCGAUGUGAGAAGUUAUAUGUAUAAUGGGUUCAUUAUGUUUAUUUCAACACCAGGAAAUUUCAUCAGAAACUAAAUGCGUGUGACCCAUGGAGCUUUUUACAGGCUAGAGGACCUUUUCCACAGAGCCUUCUUAUCCAAGCAGCACUGUCUGUAGGUUAUUGAUUCCUCAAAUAAUAUUUUGGCCACUUUCCAAUAAGUUGUGAGGUGGAUAUUUUCCCUUGAAUUUGUUUUGUGAGCUGUCACCGAUAUUAUUGAUUGAGUAACAAUGUUAAAACUGAGUAUACUGUAGAAACAAACAUAGUAGUGCAUAUUGCCAACAUAUAUUCAGAAAAUUAAGUUGACAUACUGGCCUGCUUUUCACUUGUUGAUGAACCUGUAUGACAGUUGGAUUAAAAGCGUCUGCCUAAAAUGUAAAAAUGUAAAUUCAUUUUCUGUUCUUUUACUGCCAGUGUGGAGGCUGUAAUGUGUAUGAAAUAAUUGUACAUUGUGAAUGUGCACAUGCCAAGGCCUUUAUGGUUUGUAAAUGACUGUAUAAAUGCAUAUGUCCUGCAGUGUCGUUUGCUUUCUUCUAUUUUACCUCUUUAUGAAAGUUAUUUAAUUACUGUUGCACAUAACUCAUAGCACGAAUUGUGCAAGAAAUAAAAUUGACUCUCAAAUUUAA